UUUCAAAGAUAUUAAUGUGAAUACGAGAAUACUAUCUAUAUAUUUUGAUUUUUUUUUCUUGCGAAUUUACAGGUCAGUUCAUCUGAUCUUGUUUUCUUCCCAUGCAUUUCUAGUGGUGUAGUCGAUCACCAGGGAAAAAAAAAUGUUGAUUCAUGAGAAAUGGCAAAUCUGUAGCAAUGAUUCUGUAUUUCUAGCAUGGCUUGUGGUUGAGUUGAUGAAUUAGAGUCCGAGAUUAUCUUUGGAACCACAGAGGUGGAUGUAUGCCGCUAAGAUUGGUAGUUCAAACCAAUAGAGACUAGGGAGUAUCUUAUUGAUCUCAUGGGCUUUCGACCUACUUCUAGGGAGAGGUCAAGAGCUUCAUUUUCACAUACAUGGACUUCAACCCGUCUUACAUAUCGUCAGCGUUGUGUGAAUUAUUCCGACGGCCCAAAGUUUACCAACACUCGACUGUCCAAAUGAUAUAUUAGGCUGGAUGGUUACUCGAUUAAAAAAAAAAGUGUCUUUAGUCUUGAGUACCGGUGUCCUGUGGUUCAGCUGGAGUCGCAAUGGUUUGAGGACCCAACUUGAUGGUGACUAAAGGGUUCCACCCUCCUUCCCUCUAAUCCAGCUUGUAUAGACCCAACAUUAGGCUCCCCAACGCGAAUAUACGUUGGGCCUCUCAACGUUAAGACUUGGACUCAGCCAGACUCCUGGAUAGAAAAAUAAAUUUGACAGCCCAAGAAAGGCCCACCAUGACAAUUGGUUAGGCUCUAAAAAGGCCUUGAAAACUACGUACUGGGGCCCAACUGUAUGCGCAUAGGUCCAUGUGCCCAUUAAUAAUCUUUUAAACCUUUCAAUCUCCCUCUCUCUGACUCUCUCUCUCCCUCUGUAAUGCUCACCAAUGGCUUCUUCAAAUUGCUGGCAGGCACCAAUCUACAUAACUGUCUCAGUUGUGUUGGCUUUCUUUGCGAUCUCCACGGCAUUGCAUUCUUCACCACCCGGCGAUUCGGCGCCAUCAACUAAACCAAUAACCCACAAACUCUCGUUGAAUGCCUCGAGAACUUUAAGAAAAUCUGGGUUCAAAAUCACAGCCACCCUUCUCCAAAUCUCUCCUGAAAUCUUUCUUUCUUCCCCAAACACGACAAUAUUUGCAGUCAAAGACUCUGCCAUCGCCAACUCCUCUAGUCAUCCAUGGCUCCUUAAAGAUCUACUUCAAUACCACAUCUCUCCCUUAUCACUCUCCAUUUCAGAGCUUCUCAAGAAAUCUCAAGGAAGUUGCUUGCCUACCCUUCUUCGGAGAAAGAACAUUGCCAUCACCAAGGUUGAUGCAAAAGAAAGAGUGAUUGAGAUUAAUCAUGUUCUGGUAUCACACCCUGAUUUGUUUCUUGAAGGUCCCAUUUCAAUUCAUGGCGUUCUUGGGCCAUUUUUCACUCUGGAUUCUCAGAAUGUGAGUCAAGCUCAGGCUCUCAUACACUUACCAGGGUGUCAGUCCACUAGUUUUCUUUCCCAUAUCAGUGAUUCCAUGGACAUUAUUGAUUGGACAAGGAUCAUUCGUCUCUUGAGCUCUAAUGGGUUUGUUUCAUUUGCAAUUGGGUUGAAUUCUGUUCUUGAUGAGAUUCUUCAAGAUCACAGAGACUUGAAGGCUGUGACAAUCUUUACCCCACCAGACUUCGCGUUUGUGGCGGCAUCUCCUUCACCAUUGCUGCAUAAAAUUGUGAGGUUUCAUAUAGUGCCAAAGAAGUUGACUUUCAUGGAUCUUGCUUCCCUACCAGAGAAAACUUUGCUAAGAACCAUGGUUCCAGAUCAGGAUCUUGAGAUUACUGGAAAUGGAAAUAUAACACAAGGAGUUAAUGGCGUGGACAUUGCAGCACCAGAUUUAUUCUCGUCCAAGAAGUUUAUAAUUCAUGGUGUUUCUCAAGCAUUUCAGAUGACCGAGCUUCCUAAUGCGUCGAGAUAGCAUACUUGAACAACGGGGGCAGGAUAUUUGGUUUAACAAAAACAUUUAACUCUUUUUUACUUUUCAUUCUAUCUGUAAUGUGCAUAAUUCUUAUGUACACUGCUAACCUAGGAGUCUUUGUUCUGAUAAAUUUUUCUAACCUCACUCUGCUCUCAGCUCUGAGACAUAGAUAUUGUGAUACAAUCGAAAGUUAUGUAUGCAAAAAUGGAAGUGGGAUGUGGGUUGUUUCAUUA